AUGUACGGUUUGGCGCUGGUGGACCGUGGAUCUCGGCCUCAGACCAUCGCUCUGCUGCGUGUGGAGGAUCUGCCCGAAGACACGCAGGAAAGAUUCAACCAGCUCUUCACUCUGAGGGAGAAGUGGACCGAAGACGACAUCACCCCCUACAUCAAAGACCUGUGUGGAGAGAAGCAGACGACCGGAGCUCUUCUCACCAAAUACGCUCGGUCUUCGACUCAGAACGGACUCAAAGUGUUCAACUCCAGAAGACCUGUCGCUACUUAG